UGAGAGUUGCCAGUUAGGGAAUUUCAUGACGACUUUCCACCCGGAGUCUGCAGCCGUGACGUAAGGCAGUGCUCGUCCGGACGUUGAAGGCGAUAGUGUACGUAAAGAGGACAUAGUUCUAAAUAGGAGAUUGAAAAGCUACGAGGUACAAGCUCCACUAUGUCUCACUACGACGAAAGCCAGUCAGAUCGCUUGGCCCGGAAAGCACGCGAUGCCCCCUUCAUGGUGGCAGGUUUGGCUGGCUUGGUUGGCCUGGUAGGCUACAGCAUCUAUGGUUUUAAAAACAAGAAAGUCAAGACCUCUGUAUAUCUCAUUCACACCCGUGUUGCCGCUCAGGGCUUCGUUGUUGCGUGCCUCACAGCUGGUGUCUCCUGGAACCUCUUUAAGAACCACAUUUAUCCCAGGCUUUAUCCAGAGGCUGUAGAGGAAAAGAAGAACUAAAUUACCCAGACAUGUGUCCAUUAGUCUGAGAUAGAUCGAGCUCUGUUGAUAGAGUUUGAUGUAUACUUUGCCCACAGACACUCAUACAUAUAUUUUUACUUGUUCUUUAUAGUGUGUCUGGUCAUCAUGUACACUUUGAUGUCAAAUUAAUUACUUUUCGUCUUUUUCUCAUUCUUAUUUGUUCAUAACUUAAAGGAUAUUUUUUUAUAUACUACUGUAAAUUAUUGUAUUAUUAGUUCCUUCAUUUCAGAUAAUUUUUUUCAUAUUUAUAUGCAGUAAAGGUUACAUAUAUGGUGCAGAAAAGUAUAUACUGAUACUUUAGUGCUUUAUGGAGUUAUUCAAUAUUAUGCAUCUAUAGUUUUUUUGAAAAUCAGUUAUUCAGAAAGUGUGUACAGAGAUGGAGUGUUAGCCACAUUCCAUUAAAAAAAAUUGUUUCCCAUGUUUUGUUUUUCUUUAGAUUUCUCAUGGUAAUCAUGUAAGUGACUUUAAGCAGUUUCAUUAAUGCAAUUUAUAUUAUGUUAUUAUAGCAUAUGGCCUUAUUCAUGUAUGCUUCCUUUUAAAAAACAGUAGAUGAACAACAAAAGAUAAAGGAAAAGUAUAGAGCACUGUGGAUGCAAAGCAUUUGGAAAGACUGUGAUAGAAAGUAAGAUUUGUUCAUCCUGUGCCUGUGGCACUACACUUUUUCAUGACCAAGACAUCAGCUGUUGCAUGUGAGGGUAAUAAGCAUAAACGGGGACUUUUAUUAUUAGUCAUUUAUUUAUUGAUUUAACAAUACUUCUUGUCUCCUUUGUUCCCAAUUUUUUUGUUACAAUUUAAAAGUAGGAGUGUAUAUUUAAGCCUAGGUUUCUAGCCUGAUGGGUUGAUCAUGCAUAGUGGCUGUAGUGGGCUUAUUCAUGUGAUGGUCAGAAAAGAGUUGUAGUGGAAAUUGGAAAUUGGUGUGAUAUUAUAUUAGGACAAAAUUCAGUUGUAUAUUUGAAUGUAUUCUCAGAUAUGAAUGUGAAAUUGGGCAGAUAAGUAAGCUGUGUGACACAAAUAUAAUUUUUAACAAACUGAAUUUAUGUUUGUUUCUCAUAAUGUGGAAUUGAACUUUAACCAAAUGUGAUGUGACUUCUGUUAUUAUUGCUAAUACGGAUGUAAUCUGGAAUUGUGGAAAAUACUACCACAUGUAUGUAGUUCUCAAUUUAUAUCUUGAUUUUUUUUUUCUUCUUCUUCUUUUCUUUUCUUUUCUUUUUCUUGUAUGAAAUUGUAUUGGUGCUAUUUUAUUAUCAAAUUAUCAAAGAAGCAUCUUGUAUUUAUAAUAUUGUGUAAAUUUUUCCUUUUUAUAGGAAAAUUAGUCUUGCCUUUUGCAUUACAUACCAGGCUUCACAAAAUAUGAUAUAUAUCAAUCUUGUUUUUUAUGUACACAAGAUAUCUUUUCACAUGCAGUUAAUUUCUCAAUGCCCAUGCAUUUUAAGAAAUGUCAGUGUAGUGUCCCUUUUACAGUCCAGGUAGGUUAACAGGAAAUUUGAUAUAUAUACUUACCAGAGUAAGUAAAUGUCUCGGAUAUUACAGGCAACCAUUAUGGGGUUUUUAUUUAAACAAAAAAAAGUUUAGAAAAAAUCGUCAUUUACCAUAUUUCUGUAUUUUAGUGAUGUAUUGCAUAGUCAAAGCAUAUUUGCACACAGCUGUAGAAAUGUGUAUAUAUAUAUAUAUAGAUUAUUCAGUCAUAGGACAAAUAAUAAAAAGCUUAUUGAUU